CGUUUAAUUUUUCAGCCCUCGUAGAGUGCGUCCCUUCAUUUGGAUUUUUUUUUGUUUUGCAAUUGAGCAAAUAAUUAAUUAAUAAAUAAAUCUCAAAUAAUACUUAACAUGGAUAAAGUAAAGCGAGCAUUUUUGCGCGCCUGUAUUAAUCACAGCUGCCUGGAUCCAGAACAAAUUGAUAAGAUAUUAACACCGCUGUGUGAGCAUCACAAAGUGGAAAAGCCCGCCAAUAAAGAGGCUUUGUACAAAUUGGUUGGUGAAAUCGAAAAUACCAUAAGGGAGCUAAAUCAGUCAUUGGGUUUCGUGCAGCAUCCGAUUAGUGGCAAGGAAUAUUUGGUGUUUGCCAUAACAGAAGCAACGCCCGACAAACUUGCUCAUCCCGGUCUGUCCGCCGAGGAAUGCCAGUAUUUUUCAAUUAUAUUGGACAUGCUGGGACAGCGCGAGGAUUUGUGCAUAGCUUGGAACGAGGCAUACUCCAAUGUGAACUUCAAGGGUACUGCCACCAAACCGCCCACGAAGCUGCGCAUGCAGACACUUCUACAAAUGUGGAAUGAUAUGGGCUACUUUGUCGAAUCGGACGAUCAUCUUUAUCUGGGCGCGCGCAGCAUUGUUGAGUUCGAGUUCCAUCUUCGCUCGCAUUACGUGGACACAAUUAAGGAGUGCGCUCUGUGCAAGAAACUGGUGUUCUGGGAUGUCAAAUGCUCGGAUUGUGGGCGGAAAAUCCAUCGCGAGUGCAUACGAAAAUAUUUGCGAACACGCUCCAAUUGCCCCACCUGUGGCAACAAAUGGUGCACGCGGCUUAGUCAAUAAUAGGAUGAAGUGGCCGUCAGUGUUACAAGGGCAAGCAAUAAAAUGUGUGAUCCAAUAACAAUGUUAAAAUUAAGAUUAAACAUUUUUUGGUAAAAUGUACAGCGAUAUAGAGUAAUCGCUUAUAUAUAUAGCUUCAAAUUAAGUACACUUGUUGAUUAAGAUUAUUUAUUUUAUUUCAAAAAUUAUUUAACAUACGUGUAUUUAUUAGCU